AGCUCUGCUGGGUGAAGUUUUCUAAUCUCUUCUUCUUUGACACCAGGGAUUUCUUGACGUCAGCUUGCGUGAAAGAGAAAACAAAAGAGGGCGUAGCUGAGGUGGGUUUCACCAAGAAACAAUGGAUACUUUGCAAUCCGAAGAGAAGUUGAUUGGUCUGCCAGAGGAACUGAAGGCGUAUAUUUUUGGCCAUCUGACAGCUACAGAUCUCUGUCAUGUGGCAUUGUGCAAUCGAAUUUUGAGAGAAUCGGCCAAUCAAGAUGCCUUGUGGCGUCUUCUGUGUCGAAAGAAUGGAUGGGAGCGUUAUGGCACAAAUCUUUGCAAAGAGCCUCCGUUUACACCUACCUUACAUGAUCAACUGACGGGCGGUGAAGGGGGUUCGCCUACGUUCCCGGUCGAUGCUGUUGUGACCGGUUCAGACUGGCCUGGACUGGUGGAUACAUGUAAAUGGAAGGAAGUCUACAUGAAAGCGAGGCACCUGGAAGAAAACUGGAGGAACCAGCGCUUCUACGCCACGACAUUCAAAUUUGGCCAAACUAGCGAUGAAACUGGCCUGUUUGCCGUUGAGACACUUGAUCAACCAAAAAUCUCAAAUCUAGACUGCGAGGGAGGAUGUCUUGCUGUAGGCGUUGACGACGGUACGCUGCAGAUCUGGGAUGUCUCAAUUGGGAAACGUCGACAUAACAUCCGAGUAAAUGUGAGUGAGGAGCCAGAUGCUCUGAAGAUGAAGGACGGCAUAAUAGCUGCAGGAUGCAUGGACGGUAAGAUUCGCACCUACUCCGCCCAGACUGGAGAGCAGCUGCAAGUCAUGUCGGGGCAUUAUCUAGCCGUCUCUCGUCUCUUCUUUGAUGGAGACACUAUCGUUAGUGUUGCCAGAAGACUUCUUGACAGAUCUAAAAAUUAUGCAGAUAGUGGCAUACGGGUCUGUAAGGCUGAAGACGCCUCGACUCGUUUUGUCCUUCAGUAUGGCUGCUCUAAAACAAGUCUUAUUCACUUAGAUUAUCGCACGAAGGUGAUAGCUGGUGCAUACAGCGACAAUACAAUUCAAAUUUGGGAUGCAGAAAAUGGUUCUGACAUACAGCAUAUCAUUUGUGACAUGAAGAAACUAGUUUCUUGUUAUCUAGGAGAUGGCAUCGUCAUCGGCGCAUCCAAAGAUUUCGCCGUGAAGAUCUGGAAACUGGAAUCUUGGGAAUGUCUCAGGACAUUUCGGGUACCUCUCCAUCCAGAGUCCAAUAACUUCGAGCUGAUUGGAGCCGCUCCUUACGCGUUCAAUGGCGAGCUGCUCGUCGCGAUUUCCCGCGCCCAUUUGACAUUCAUGGACCUCGAGGGGAAACUGAUUGGAAGUAUCUUCAACACUCAUGAAAAUCACACAGGAACUUUCUUUACUCAAGACAACAGCAAGUUUACUACAGCACAUUGUUUUCAUGGCAACAAGCUGAUCACAGGGAGUAGCAAUACUUACAGCGGAAAAUACGAUCUGUGGAUUGUUAACCCAGCGAUGGGCGUGUACGGUUCGGGAGAAGUUGUGUCCAAGAUGGACUUAGGAGGAGAGGCUUUCGCGGAAUUCACUGGGGCCUUCUCACCUGCUUGGAUGAAUGACACCAAGGUGGUGUUCGAGGGAAUCGACAAGGAGUCCGGGUUUGGACCCCAAAGGCCUACGAUCGUCAUUCGUCAUUAUUGGUGAAACAUAAAGCAAAAACUCAGGGUGGUGAUGGCGUAGGUGUCUAUGAAGUUGGAGCUUGCGGUGAAGUUAAAUGGGACGUUGAUGGUAUCAUGACAAAGUCUGUCUAAGUGAUAAGGGUUAUGAUAACAUGUAGCACACACUACUAUUAUAGAUUCCGAAAUAAUGAACACUUUAUUUACAACCAUUCGAAAAUACCUUGUCAAAAUAUUAUGCAUUGAUAUCUCUUUGAUUGCAAGCAAAUAAUACAAUCAAGUAUCCUGUGAAGUCAUGGGCCUUUGAGGGGAAUUACACUACUGAAUUACAUUAAUAACCAUAAAUGAUGACGACCAAACCAUCGCGAGAAAAACAUGGCCUUAUCAACUAUACUGAUCUCAUCAAGAGCGGCGCCCUCCAACCAUGGCCGAAUCAGUUUAGUGAAGAGCGGAUACAAAUCCAGUAUUUACAUCCGGCUCACUUAACCAAACCUCAACUUCUCAAUCAUUGGACAUUUUAGGAAUGUUUUAUAAUUUCUGAAAAAAAUAGGAGGUGGGACAAGUAUUUUUACAGGACAAUUUGAACCGACAAUAAAGCAUUUCAUUAUUGAAUCACCAAGUCAAGUUGUAUUUAUA